AUGGCCCUCGCGACCACGCCUGCGCGGUUAGCCCGCCUGCGUCGUGCUACUCGGCCUCCCGACCGGGACACACCUACGCGGUUCACCCGCCUGCGUCGUGCUCCUCGGCUUCCUCCUCCCGAGACACACCUGCGCGGCCAGCCCGCCUGCGUCGUGCUACUCGGUCGCACGAUGCCCGGGACACACCUGCGCGGCUCACCCGCCUCUGUCGUGCUCCUCGGCCCCUUGCUCCCGAGGCACACCUGCGCGGUUCACCCGCCCGCGUCGUGUUGCUCAGCCUCCUGCUCCCGGGACACACCUGCGCGGUUCACCUGCCUGCGUCGUGCUCCUUGGCUUCCUGCUCCCGAGACACACCUGCGUGGCCAGCCCGCCUGCGUCGUGCUACUCGGUCGCACGAUGCCCGGGACACACCUACGCGGCUCACCCGCCUGCGUCGUGCUCCUCGGCCCUCCGGCUCCCAUGACACACCUGCGCGGUUCACCCGCCUGCGUCGUGCUCCUCGACCCUCCGGCUCCCAAGACACACAUGCACGGGUGUCCUCGACCCUCCGGCUCACAGGACACACCUGCGCGGUUCACCCGCCUGCGUCGUGCUCCUCGACCCUCCAGCUACCAGGACACACCUGUGCGGUUCACCCGCUUGCGUCGUGCUCCCCGGCCUUCACACUCGAGAUACGCCAGCGCGUCCAAUCCACCUGAAAGCCAAAGCCAUGCAUCGGAUUCCCAGAACGAACCGACGCAUAGCUUCCUUUCGGGGGGAAUAUGA